AUGGAAUUAUUGUAAGUAACACAAUAAUGUGUUUCAAGAGUGGUUGGCUUAUUCAAGGGUCAAACUGAUGAUAAAUCUCUGGAAGCUCAUAAGAAUUUGUAUGAUCUCCAUAAACACUAUGAGGAAGCAUUUUAUUUGAUUGAGAACAAGAUCCCUAUUACCAAAAUUCCAGUCUAAGCUAAUAAAGCUAUAUAUAUAAUAACAGAAUCGAACUAAAAAGUUAGUAAAGUGUAUAAGGCAAAUAAUUAUAUAUGUAAUUGUGAUAAAUUCAACGCUCGUGAAUUCUAAUUCUGUCCUCAUAUUUUAGCUGCAAUGAUUGCAGAUGAAUUAGAGAUAUGUACAUCUCAAGUUAGAAUUACAGGUGAAGAAUACCUUGGACAUAUAAAAUCAUUUUGA